UCGAAAAGCAUCGGCUGUAGUCUACUCCGUUAGGAAAUUCAUAUUCGAUCUGAUUCGAUCCUUAUGCUUAUAGCGAACAACCAAAAUAUUAGAGGCUACGCAUGCACUGUUUUACAGGCAUCUAUUUAUAUAAAAAACUAUUUUAAUCACGUGUUGUAUAUUUUAAGUCAUUAGUUAAUUAGUUUAAACAAAUUGUCAUAGUACAGCUAAAUAAAACACGUUAUGUGAAUGUACUAUUAACAUCAUAUUUAAAACAAUCAGAUUUAACGCAUAAAUGCAUGCGUAAACACGUAUUCAACUAAGAUACAUAAAAUUGUUAAAAUGUUAUUACGAAGGAUAAGCAAUUUACUACAAAUUUCCGUUCCUUGUCAGAAAAUAAAUAACAGGUACUUAAAUUUUGUACCUGUUGUAGUAGAACAAAGUGGAAGAGGUGAACGUGCAUAUGACAUUUACUCGCGUCUUUUAAAAGAAAGGAUUAUUUGCCUAAUGGGCCCGAUCACAGACAAUGUAUCUUCUGUAGUAAUUGCUCAAUUACUGUUUCUUCAAUCAGAAAGUAGUAAAAAUCCAAUUCAUAUGUAUAUUAAUUCACCUGGUGGAAGUGUAACAUCAGGACUUGGUAUAUAUGAUACCAUGCAAUAUGUUCUUCCUCCAGUUGCAACAUGGUGUGUAGGUCAAGCAUGUUCAAUGGCAAGUUUAUUACUAGCUGCAGGAACAAAAGGCAUGCGUCAUUCGUUACCUAAUGCAAGAAUUAUGACACAUCAGCCUUCAGGAGGAGUAUCUGGUCAAGCUACAGAUAUACAGAUACAAGCUUUAGAAAUACUAAAACUCAAGAAACAAAUCAACCACUUAUAUAUGAAACACACAGGCAUGGAUCUAAAAAAAAUAGAAUGUUCUAUGGAAAGAGAUAAUUUCAUGAGUCCAUUUGAAGCAAAGGAUUUCGGGAUCAUAGAUAAAGUACUAACACAUCCAAUGCAAGAGGAAGAUAUAGAAUGUACGAAAUUAUCAAAAACUACACUUGAAAGCACAACACAACCAUGAUAUCAGAAUCAAGAAAUAA